AUGGAGUUUCCACCACCCUCCGCCGCCAAGGUCGGCCGUGCCACCAUAGAGAAGGCAGUGAGCGCCCUCCUCAAAUGGAAAGAAUCCCAGUCCAAAAUCCAGAAAGCCCAACUGCUCCCACAAGACGACUUCAUCUACCUCAACCUCACUCUCAAGAAAAUCCCACCAAAGCCUCGUACCAACGCUUUCAGAAUCCCUUUCCCUAACCCUAUUCACGAUCCUUCCUCCUCCGAGCUCUGCCUCAUCAUCGACGACAGACCCAAUUCCAAACUCACUUCGGACGCCGCGAAAAAGAUCAUCAAAUCCCAAAACAUACCCAUCAGUAAAGUCAUUAAGCUCUCGAAGCUUAAAACUAACUACAAACCCUUUGAGGCAAAAAGAAAGCUUUGUGAUUCUUACGACCUUUUCUUGGUCGAUAGGAGGAUUGUCCAUUUGCUUCCUAAUCUUUUAGGGAAGCAAUUUUUCAAGAAAAAGAAGCUGCCUUUGCCAUUGGAUUUGACACACAAGAAUUGGAAGGAGCAAGUGGAGAGGGCUUGUGGGUCCGGGUUGUUUUACUUGAGGACUGGGAGUUGUUGUGUGAUGAGGGUUGGUAAGGGUUCAAUGGAGAGUGAGCAGAUUGUGGAAAAUGUGUUGGAAGCAAUAAAGGGUGUUGUUCAGGUGGUUCCCAAGAAAUGGGACGGUGUGAGGAGCUUGCACUUGAGGCUUUCUGAUUCUCUUGCAUUGCCUUUGUAUCAAGCUUUGCCUGAUAUCAAGCUCAAGAUUGAGGGGUUUAAGGAGAAACAAGCCGAAGAAGAAGUGAGUGGUGGUUUGGUUGAGGUUAAGGAGAGUGAAAAGAAAGCUGAUCAGGGGUCAGGGAAUAAGAAGGGGAAGAAGAAUAAAGGGAGGAUUCAUGAAGUUAGGUAUAUGGACUUUGACACUGGUGUAGAUGAAUUGGAGAGUGAUGAUGAUGAUGAUAAUGAUGAUGUUGGUAAUAUCGCAGAAAAUGUUGGCAAUGAUGCUGAAGAGGACAACAGUGAUGAAGAUAUCGAGGAUGAUGGAGUUGAGAAAGAAAAGAAGAGGAAAACUGAGAAGGAUGCUGAGAAGAAAGCCAAAAAGUUGAAAAAUGCUGAGAAGCGUGGUGAUGUUCUGAGUGAGUUGAAUGGAGAGAAGAAGGCCAAGAAGUUGAUAAGUGCUGAGAAACAGAAGAAGAGUAAAUUGUCUUUGAAAGAUGGAAAGAAGAAUAAGAAGACUAGUGAGGUUGGGAAAAAACUGAAAGAUGGGCCGGCAAAGAAAAUAGGAUUAAAAAUGUCUGCUCGUGGUACUGCCUUGACAAGUUUAGCGAUGCUGGUUUGUGCUUCCGGAAUGCAGAGCAGAUCAAGUGAAAGAUUUGCCAGUGUGCAGGGCUGGAUUAUCCUACUGCUAGCUGUUACAGCCCAGGCCGUCUCCCAUCUCCGGGUUGUCAUUUAG